AUGACUGAUUUGGGACCAAUCUCCACUUUCCCUGAUACUGAUGAUCCUCCGCCACCAUAUGAGGCUCUUUGGGAUUCAGAUGAUAGACCAAUGCGACAGAGUAUUUUGCCUCCGUCUGAACUACCAUGUCCUACUGCGCCCUUGCCUGACCUUUCUUUGACCGAAGAUGGCCGUGUGAACAUGCGAGUUGGAUUGCGGUUCAGUCGCAAUCUUGAAUGGCUGAUGGAUACCCAACCUACCCAAGUUGAGGUGUCCCAAACGGCAGAAGCGACUUUCCCUACACCAGUGUCUAAUUUCAAUCUUCGCCUGAACAUUGUCAUCCAAGUAGUAGGCAGCCACGGUGACGUACAGCCUUUCGUUGCCUUGGGUGAGGAGUUGCAAAGACAUGGACACCGUGUGCGGUUGGCAACACACGCCAAAUUUGAAUCAUUCGUCAAAUCAGCUGGGCUCGGGUUUUACCCCAUCGGAGGAGACCCUGUUGAAUUAAUGUCUUACAUGAUGCGCAAUCCGGGGCUAAUUCCGAGCAUGAAGAGCCUGCUGGCGGGCGAUGUUCAACAGAAGCGAGCUUCUAUCGCCGAGAUCCUAGGUUCCUGGCGGUCUUGCAUAGAUCCAGACCCACACGAUAAAAGGCCCUUUGUUGCAGAUGCCAUUAUUGCAAACCCGCCAAGCUUUGCCCAUGUACACUGUGGACAAGCACUCUGGGUCCCUGUUCAUCUCAUAUUUACAAUGCCCUGGACUCCCACUAGGGUUUUUCACCAUCCUCUUGCCAACUUGGACUAUUCUGAGAACGACCCCUCGUUGGGAAAUUAUAUAUCCUACCAUUUUGUCGAAUGGAUUACAUGGAAUGGUUUGGGAGAUCUGAUAAACACAUGGCGGAAGGAUACCCUAAAGCUAGACACCAUUCCAACUACGGAGGGCCCGAAUCUGUAUGAAACAUUAAAAAUUCCUUUUACAUAUUGUUGGUCGCCCGCGUUGACUCCAAAGCCGGAGGACUGGGGACCACAUAUAGAUGUUGCUGGCUUCUUCUUCUUCCGUGAGCCAGUGGCUUAUGAUCCACCACCAGAGCUAGAUGACUUUCUGCGUGCAGGUCAACCCCCUGUCUACAUCGGAUUUGGCAGCAUUGUUCUUGAGGACGUGGAGAAAACCGUUUCGGUCAUUCUAGAGGCCAUCCAAAUGACAGGGGUGCGUGCUAUAAUCGCUGGUGGCUGGAGUGCACUGCAUGGCCGAGAUACUUCUAGUGUCUAUUAUAUUCAGGAUUGUCCACAUGAGUGGCUAUUCAAACGUGUCGCAGCCGUCGUACAUCACGGUGGAGCGGGCACCACUGCAUGUGGUCUACGCAAUGGGAGACCCACCACAAUUAUUCCAUUCUUUGGGGAUCAACCUUUUUGGGGUAAAAUGGUUGCCACUGCGGGGGCUGGGCUGGACCCAAUCCCUUAUAAGAGCCUUACGGCACAGAAAUUAGCAAACGCUAUUUCCUAUUCCUUUACCCCACGAGCCAUUGCGGAAGCUCAAUCUAUUGCGGAGAAAAUCAAGCAAGAACCGGGGGUACGUGCAGCGGUAGAUUCGUUCCAUGCACAUUUGCCACAAACACAAAUACAAUGUGACAUGAUCCCCGGAGAAGCUGCGGUUUGGAAGCUUAAGAAGGGAAAACGGAUUCUCAAGCUGUCGAACACGGCUGCACUGGUUUUGAAACGUCAAGGGCGGUUCCAAGAAAAGCAUCUCAAAAGCACAAACAGAUACCAAAGCAAGCCAUUCAGUAUAGACCCCCAACGUUGGGACCCACUUACAGCUGUUUCCUCCGCGUCGCUGUCAACUUUGACUGGCAUGGCCGAUGCCACAGCUGGAAUCUUCAUCGAUCCUUACCAGGAAUGCAAACGUCUCCGAUCAAACCGCCAUACUCGUCUUGCCAUUCCUGUCGCUGCCUCUACGCUUCUCCCCACCGGGUUGCUUUCAACAACUGAAAUCCAAGCCUUCGUACAGGCCGUGACUAAAGGUUGA